UCAUAUCAAUAUUUUCUUGAUUUCAAAGUACUGUAUUUUCCCAACAUUCAUAUUUUAAGAAUGCAGGAUAUUAAAUAUAUAUUUUGAAUUUUUAAAAAGUUAACAAUUCCUAAAAAUGAUAAAAUAAAUAUAUAUAUUAAAAAUCAUUGAAUCUUUGACAAUUAAUUGGCAGAUAUACUAUCAUGACUUAUGAUGUACUUCCUGAAACUGACCUAUGCAAUUUUUUCCGACAUUUGGCAUAUUCAGACGAUCUUUAAAACGUGACACAAGCAUGCAUAUAUAUUGUAUAAAUGCUAAUGCAGAUAUCUGGUAUCAUCAUUUGGGAAGUAUGAAAAAUUGAAUUGUGAACAUUACUUUAUCAAAUUAGAGAUUGUCUUAUUCCUUCUAUCAAGGACAAGCAGUUCUUAUUGAGUAUAUAAAUGAGUAGCAACAUAUUCCAAGUAUUUAUUUUUUAAUUAUGAUUACAGUAGGAUCAAUUUAAUAUUUGAUAACAUCUGGAGAUUAUUUUUAGCGUAAGUUUAUUUGAUAGUUUAGUAAACCAAUAUGUCUGGCAGUACCAAAGGAAUGAUAAUUAGCCGAAGGGUCCAAAACUAUUAUCGCCAAAUUGUUUAUUUGAACAAAAUCACUGAAAUUGAAAUGAGAUGGUACACAAACAGAAAUUGUUUUUUUUAUAAAUUAUUAGGAAUGGAAACUAGGACUCCAUAACUUCUGUUGAAUGUGACAUAUUCCAAGGUCCAAAUGUUUUACAACACAAAAUACAGAAAUGAGAAUCGGAAUGCAUGAACAAUAAAGGGAUCCAUAUAAGACCCUGUCGUAAAAUUUGUACCCCUAGGGCACAGAGGAGAUGAAAGUGACGCGUGAAAAACGAUGAAAGUGACGUGUGAAAAACUAUCAGUGACGGCAAUAACAGGAGAGAGAAUCAUACCGACGGUUUGACAAAAAUAAAAAAAAACAGUGCAAGACAUAUAAAACUUCAGUAUUCAGAUGACGGCUAGUUGUAUAACAGAAACUGGCAUUAACGAUCUUCAAUAUUAUCUACAACAGUUAUUAUAUGCUUAGAACAACCACUGUGAAAUUGACAUAAAAACAACAACAGUAUAUUGGUAGCAACAGUAGGAAUUGGAUUUAUUCAGUAAUAUUUUGACACUGGGAGCUGUGCAAUUUAUUCAACAAGAUGAAAAAUGAAUUAUUCUUCACUUUAUUAUUAAUAGGGCAAUUUUUAUUUGAACUGGAAGCUUUACCAAAUCGAUGCCGAUAUUCAAGAAAUUUCAAAAAAUUGGAAUGCAAAUUGGCAAGACUUUACAGGUCAAUGAACAUGAGGCAACUUGACAUACCUAUGGAAACUGAAAAAGUUGAAUUGCCAAACAACGAAAUAACAGAUGCCCCCUCUAUUAGGAGAAAAAUUGAAGGUCUUGAAAAUUUAAAAGUCUUGGAUAUAUCAUUCAACAGUGUCGCAGAUAACAUCAGAGACCUUGUUUCCAAAAAUACAAAACUGGAAGAGUUCCGUAUAAGAAACAAUAUGUUAUACAGAAUUUCCGAAAGAACUUUGGAAAAUAAUCCUGAAUUGAGAAAAGUUGAUCUCAGCAACAACAAAAUAAGUUCACUACCAUUCAAACUGUUCAGCUCAAAUACAAAACUUGUAUCUGCAUUGUUAUGGGCCAAUGAUUUAACAUAUGUGCCAGAAGACUUAUUCAGAAAUAACAAAAAUUUGGAGGUCAUCAAUCUGAGUUGGAACAAGCUACAAGACAUACCUGAAAGGUUUUUCAGAGGAUUAACCAAACUUAGGAAAGUUCUUUUGUGGAAAAAUCAACUAACAUGUCUAUACAGUACUAUGUUUCAAGACAACUUUGCAUUGAAUACAUUUCAUGUUGCAAUCAACUACAUCAAAAAGGUUCCAGAUCAAUUGUUUGAUAAUACACCGCUACUUGAAGAUGUGAGAUUAUGGUCAAAUGAAAUUGAAUGCAUUCCUAAAGAAACUUUCAAGAAAACAGAGAACAUUGGAUAUGUAAACUUGCUGCUUGGAAAUGAGAGACUUCCCUGGGAACUCAAACAAAGAUUCUCAAAAAAUGGAGCGAUGAAUAUCAACAAAAUGUCAUAUGGCCUUUUCGAAUAUGGAGACAACAGAUGCACAGCAGCACCGUGUGAAUGGAAUCCAGAGACAAGAACAAUGGACUGCAGUUCCAGAGGAUUGAGUAACUUGGAAUUACUAGAAGAUGUAUGUGAAAAAGUAAGAAAUUUGAAUCUUGAUGACAAUAUUCUAAGAGAUGCAGAGAUGUUGUCCCCAGUCAUAGAACAGAUGACAGAAUUGAGAACAAUUACUGUUCAAGAAAACGAAUUGAAUGGAACGUUGAAUCCAAAGACUUUCAAAUCUAACUUGCAACUGACUUCGGUAGAUUUUAGUCGAAACAAACUCAAAUCUAUACCAUCAACACUAUUUGAAGCAAGUUCAAUUCUUCAGACUGUAAAAUUUUCCAACAACGAAAUAGAGGAAAUUCCGGAAAACCUUUUAAAUAACAAUCCAGAACUAACAGAGUUUGAUGUUUCUGGGAACCAAAUCAAAGAUUUGUCCAAAUCUCUUUUUUCAAACACAAGACUGAUAACUGUCGCUAAAUUAUCAAAAAAUAAAAUAAAAAAGAUUGAUGAACAGACAUUUAAAAACAAUGAAAAGCUUAGAGAGGUUGACCUUGCUGAUAAUCAAAUAUCUGGUGAAAUUUCUUUAGAAACGUUCGAAAAUAAACCAGAUCUUGAGACUGUGAAACUUGGAGGAAACCGCAUCACCAAUAUGACAAAGACCACAAACUCUGACAAGCAGCUACGAGUAACUACCAUAGAAUUGAGCUAUAACAAAUUAGAAGAAUUUCCAACUGAGUUGAUUGAAGAACGACCCAACUUGCGACGUCUUAUUCUCGACCACAACAGAAUAAAAGAAAUCCCUGCAGAGGCUUUAUUCAAAAAUGAGAGGCUAGUUGAGAUAGAUCUAUCUCAUAACAGACUGACAAAACUACCGAAAAAUGUGUUUUCUCAAAACUCAGAACUUGAAAUCCUAAGGCUUGAUCACAAUGCUUUGACAAGAUUGGAGUCUGGUCUUCUGUAUGGCAAUCCCAGGCUCAAAUUCUUCAGUGCAAAUGGAAACAAGCUCAACUACAUUGCACCAGACUUUUUCAUUGAUAGCCUCAUGCUUGAAGAAGUUAAAUUGUCUGACAAUGUUAUCACAGAAUUUCCUGAAGAUCUCUUCAAAUCGUGUGCCAAGCUAAGAUAUCUUACCAUGAGCAAAAACAACAUUGAUUAUAUUCCGAGUAAGUCAUUUGAUGAAAAUGAAGAGCUGGAAGCCGUUUGUUUACAUGGCAACACUCUGAGUCAGCUUCCCAGGCCUCAACUGACUGCACCAGGUCAAGCAGGACAAUUGAUCACUGAAGAUGGCAUACCGAGAGAAAGAGGAGCUGCAAGUGAUCACCAGACAAUACAGCUCAUAGAAAUCAAAGAAAGUGAAGAACAGAAUUACAUCGGACCAUUCAGUGUUAGAAAACUGCGUGCAAGUCUGGCGAAGAUGUCAAAGAGAGAAGAAAAGAAAUCGUUAUAGUGUAAUCUAUAAAUCUAAUAUCUGAAAAAUAUCUCAGAAUGUAUCCCAAGAUCUAACUAGGAAGUUUGGACUUCGGGACAUAAUAAAAACAAUAACUUUGACAGAAGUUACCAAAUCAAGGUGAACUGUUUCACUAACAUGUAAACUAAGCGUUUAUCUUUUUGUUUGAAUUUAAUUUUAUAUUCAAAUACUUUUUCAGUUUUAUAAUUUAGUACAAUAGUAUGUUGCAUAUUGCAUUAUGUAUUCGUUAUAAAUUUCCAAGUGUUUUUUUUUUGUUUGAUAAAUUGCAUGUGCAAACAUAAAGAAAAAAAGAGAUUACUUAAAUAUAACAAGUUUUUUCAAUAUAAUUGGUAAGAUAAUAUUCAAUAUAUAAUUUUGUUAUACAUUUCCUUACCAGUUCCUUAUUUAUACAUAAUAAAAAUUUAAAAAUUAUCAAUGCUGAUGAAUACAACUCCCAUCAUCCACGAGACUUCAGCUUCGGGUUCUAUAGGUUAGUGAGGUACCGUAAUUGUCACACUCUGCAUGACUCAAAGAAAAAAUCUGAUGAAUGAUGAUAAUUAUGGCAAAAUAUUUAUGCUGAGACAAUAUGGUCAGCAUGGAAAAAAGAGAUUGAAAACAUUUAUAUAUCAUGGUAUUACAUGGGCUACAAAUCAACCCAUUUUUGUGUAAAGCAAUAUUUCAAGAUAUUCUUCACACAUAGAAUAAAAUUAUACAGUGUUGGACACAGAUUUGAAUACCAUUACCAGGUAUAUUAUAAAGUCAAACCAUAUUAUGGUACAACAAAAACUCACUAGCAGCAUCUAAAGCAGGGGUGGGCAAAAUACAGCCAGAGAUUGUUUUUUUAUGACCUGCAAAAACAAAUACCUAGAAAACGAAUAAAAUUUGAUGUAAACCAAAUUACUACAAUUCUGUAAAUUUAAAUUUAUUUCCAGACUGCUGUUACUGGUGAUAGAUUGUUACACCCUUGACCAUUCAUAGGAGAAAAUGAAAGAAAAAUUUUGCGAGAAGACAUUUUUCAACAGGGUUAUUUCUGCAGAAAAACCCCUCAUACAAUGAAAUUUGCCAGAAAAAUGUUUUUUUUUUAUAUUUGUGCUAACGCAGUAUUUUGCAAGGUGUAUAUUUGAUGUUCUGUGACUGCCAUUGGUUUGCAAGUAUUGAUUGAAGUCUCUACAAGCAAUAUGAUAUGACUUAAGAUUUGUAAAAAUGUAUACAAGUAACAAGAGCCCAUUUAAAAUUGCAAGCAUCAGAUAAAUUUCGUGGCCAUGAUGUUGCAUGCGAGCACAAAGAAUUGCCCACCCCUGAUCUAAAGGAUGUAACUUAGCAUGCCGCUAAGAAAACAUUGGUUAUGGAAAGAAAAAUACAAUAUCAGUUGCUAUCUGCAACCAAUUUCUAACAAGCAUACAAUUAUUAUUUUCUUCAUCUUAAAUUUCUCACUAAAUAUUUGAAAAAUGCAAGAAUUAAAAUUGCAUAGACAUAUUUCAACUUGAAACUUAUGUUGUAUAUGAUAAUAUUCAUAUAAAUUUACUUUGAGCCGUCUCUCACAAGUAUAAACUACAGAAUUACCCCAAAAGAACUGAAAAAUAUGCAAAAAUCUUUAUAACAUUUAUUCUCUUCCUUGCCCUAGUAAAACCUAAAGAAUCUCGCUUGAAAAAAAGAGUAAAAAACAUGUAAGGAAAAAGGUCAAUAUAUGGUACCAUAGCCAUUAGGAAAUGUUAUUUUAACAUAUGGGACCAUCGGUACUCCCGAAGUAUGUGGACCAAGAUGGCGGACACUGGAACGUAGUUUGUGUACCAGGUUGGGCCAUAUUUUCAGGUACAAAUACUACUACUCUCUUCCUUGCCCUAGUAAAACCUAAAGAAUCUCGCUUGAAAAAAGGGUAAAAAACAUGCAAGGAAAAAGGCCAAUAUAUGUUACCAUAGCCAUUAGGAAAUAUUAUUUUAACAUAUGGGACCAUCGGUACUCCCGAAGUAUGUGGACCAAGAUGGCGGACACUGGAACGUAGUACGUGUACCAGGUUAGGCCAUAAUUUCAGGUACAAAUACUACGG